AUGAAUCUCCUGGAAGGCUCUGUGGGGGUGGAGGACCUUGUGCUCCUGGAACCCCUAGAACAGGAGCCUCUGCUCAAGAACCUCCAGCUGCGCUAUGAAAGCAAGGAGAUUUAUACCUACAUUGGGAAUGUGUUGAUCUCAGUGAAUCCCUACCAACAGCUGCCCAUCUAUGGCCCGGAGUUCAUUGCCAAAUACCAGGACUAUACCUUCUAUGAGCUGAAGCCCCAUAUCUACGCUUUGGCAAAUGUGGCAUACCAGUCGCUGAGGGACCGAGACCGAGACCAGUGCAUCCUCAUCACAGGCGAAAGCGGAGCUGGCAAGACCGAGGCUAGUAAGCUGGUGAUGUCUUACGUGGCGGCUGUCUGUGGGAAAGGGGAGCAGGUGAACUCCGUGAAGGAGCAGCUGCUUCAGUCAAACCCGGUGCUGGAGGCUUUUGGCAAUGCCAAGACCAUUCGCAACAACAACUCCUCUCGAUUUGGAAAAUACAUGGAUGUUGAGUUUGACUUCAAGGGAUCCCCCCUCGGUGGCGUCAUCACAAACUAUCUGCUUGAGAAAUCCCGAGUGGUGAAGCAGCUCAAAGGAGAAAGGAACUUCCACAUCUUCUAUCAGCUACUGGCCGGAGCGGAUGCACACCUGCUGACGGCCCUAAAGCUUGAGCGAGACACAAGUGGCUAUACCUACCUAAACCAGAAAGUGUCCAGAGUUGACGGCAUGGACGACGCUGCCAACUUCAAGGCUGUACAGAGUGCGAUGACCGUGAUUGGGUUCUCGGAGGAGGAGAUUCAGCGGGUGCUAGAGGUGACGGCCCUGGUUCUGAAGCUCGGGAAUUUGGAGCUGGCAGAUGAGUUCCAGGCCAAUGGCGUGUCAGCCAGUAGCAUCCGGGAUGGGAAAGGUGUUCAGGAGAUUGGGGAAAUGGUGGGUUUGAAUUCAGAGGAACUAGAGAAAGCUUUGUGCUCAAGGACCAUGAAAACAGCCAAAGAGAAGGUGGUCACUGCCCUGAAUGUCAUCCAGGCUCAGUAUGCUCGCGAUGCUCUGGCUAAGAACAUCUACAGCCGCCUUUUCAAUUGGAUAGUGAAUCGAAUUAAUGAGAGUAUCAAGGUGGGCGUUGGGGAGAAGAAGAAGGUAAUGGGGGUCCUGGAUAUCUAUGGCUUCGAAAUUUUAGAGGAUAAUAGCUUUGAGCAGUUUGUGAUCAACUACUGCAAUGAGAAGCUGCAGCAGGUGUUCAUCGAGAUGACGCUGAAAGAGGAGCAAGAGGAAUAUGAGAGAGAGGGCAUACCAUGGACAAAGGUGGACUACUUUGAUAAUGGCAUUAUCUGCAACCUCAUUGAGCAUAAUCAGCGAGGCAUCCUGGCCAUGUUGGAUGAGGAGUGCCUACGGCCUGGGGUGGUCAGUGACUCCACCUUCUUAGCAAAGCUGAACCAGCUUUUCUCCAAGCACGAUCACUAUGAGAGCAAAGUCACCCAGAAUGCCCAGCGCCAGUAUGACCACACCAUGGGCCUCAGCUGCUUCCGCAUCUGCCACUAUGCGGGCAAGGUGACUUACAAUGUGAACAGCUUCAUUGAUAAGAACAAUGACCUACUCUUCCGGGACUUGUCCCAGGCCAUGUGGAAGGCCCAGCACCCCCUCCUUCGGUCCUUGUUCCCUGAGGGAGAUCCCAAGCAGGCAUCUCUCAAGCGCCCCCCAACUGCUGGGGCCCAGUUCAAGAGUUCUGUGGCUAUACUCAUGAAGAACCUGUAUUCCAAAAACCCCAACUACAUCAGGUGUAUAAAGCCCAAUGAACAUCAGCAGCGAGGUCAGUUCUCCUGGGAUCUGGUGGCCAUCCAGACUCAGUACCUGGGACUGCUAGAAAAUGUGCGGGUGCGACGGGCGGGCUACGCCUACCGCCAGAGGUACGAGCCCUUCCUGGAACGGUACCGACUGCUGAGCCGGAGCACAUGGCCUCGCUGGAAUGGGGGAGACCGGGAGGGGGUCGAGAAGGUCCUGGGGGACCUGAACUUGUCCUCAGAGGUGGCCUUCGGGAAGACAAAGAUUUUCAUCAGAAGCCCCAGGACAUUGUUCUUCCUGGAAGAGCAGCGGCGCCUGCGCCUGCAGCAGCUGGCCACGCUCAUACAGAAGGUCUACAGAGGCUGGCGCUGCCGGACUCACUACCAGCUGAUGCGCAAGAGUCAGAUCCUCAUCUCCUCCUGGUUUCGGGGCACCAUGCAAAAGAAACGAUACGAGAAGAUGAAGGCAUCAGCAGUGUUGAUCCAGGCUUUUGUGAGAGGGUGGAAGGCCCGCAAGAAUUAUCGAAAAUACUUCCGAUCAGGGGCUGCCCUCACCUUGGCAAAUUUCAUCUACAUGAGCAUGACACAGAAGUUCCUGCUGGGGCUAAAGAACAAUUUGCCAUCUACCAACAUCCUGGACAGAACGUGGCCAGCUGCCCCAUACAGGUACUUCCACACGGCUAACCAGGAGCUGCAGAAGCUCUUCUACCACUGGAAGUGCAAGAGAUUCCGGGAUCGGCUGUCCCCGAAGCAGGUAGAGAUCCUGAAGGAGAAGCUCUGUGCCAGCGAACUGUUCAAGGACAAGAAGGCUUCCUACCCCCAGAGCGUCCCGAUCCCAUUCCACGGUGACUACAUUGGGCUGCAAGGGAACCCCAAGCUGCAGAAGCUGAAGGGUGGGGCGGAAGGGCCCAUUCUGAUGGCGGACACUGUGAAGAAGGUCAAUCGUGGCAACGGCAAGACUUCCUCUCGAACUCUUCUCUUGACCAAGGGGCAUGUGAUUCUCAUAGACACCAAGAGUUCCCAGGCCAGAACUGUCAUUGCGCUGGACAAUGUGGCUGGGGUGUCAGUCACCAGCUUCAAGGAUGGGCUUUUCAGCUUACAUCUGAGUGAGAUAUCAUCAGUGGGUUCCAAGGGGGAUUUCCUGCUGGUCAGCGAACAUCUGAUUGAACUACUAACCAAAAUGUACCAGGCUGUGCUGGAUGCCACACAGAAGCAGCUUCCAGUCACCGUGACUGAGAAAUUCUCACUGAAGUUCAAGGAGAACAGAGUGGAUGUCAAGGUCAUCCAGGGCGCUGAGGGUGGUAAAAAUGGCAAGCUAAGCUGCAAGAAGAAAGGGAGCCGUUGCCUGGAAGUGACUGUAUAGCGUGGAGGUGGAGGCUUAACAGAGACUGCAGCUUCGUUUCCUGGAUCAGGGCCAAUCCCACCCACCCACCCACCCACGUUUGUGGGGGGAUCUCAUGUCCAACCCCUCUGACCCUUGUAUGGGGCUCAGAGACUGAAGAACCCUUGAAGAGGACCUUUCCUCUCCCAAGCUCUUCCAGUCCCCUCUCCCUUAGAACUUAGCUUCCUCCCACCCUCAACCUCCUUGCUCACUAAUAAAACAAGUGACUUCCCAAACAUUUGA